AUGAGAAAAUUCAGUAACACUUUUCAUCACUCUGAUGGCUUUGUUCUGGUGGGCUUCUCUGAAUGGCCCAAACUAGAAAUGGUUCUUUUUCUGGCCAUCUCCGUUUUCUACAUAAUGACCCUCCUUGGGAAUUUAGCCAUCGUUAUCUUGUCACGCCUUGAUGCCAGACUCCACACCCCCAUGUGUUUCUUUCUGUCUAAUCUCUCUUUUUUGGACCUUUGAUAUACUACUUCCCCUGUCCCCCAAAUGCUAGUCAACAUCCAAAGCCACUGGAGAAAUAUCAGCUACCUAGGAUGCAUAGCUUAACUUUUCAUAUUCCUUAGUUUAGGAUCCACUGAAUGUGUACUUCUUUCAGUAAUGGCCUUUGAUCGUUAUGUAGCUAUCUGCCAGCCUCUCCAUUACACAGUUAUCAUGCACUCUUGGCUAUGCCAACAACUGGCAGCAGUGGCUUGGGUAACAGGUUUCAGCAACUCUUCGGUGCAAAUAGUGUUGACUUUCUUGUUACCUCACUGUGGUCCAUAUCAGGUGGAGAAUUUUUUCUGUGAGGUAGCUGCCAUGCUUCAAUUAUCAUGUGUUGAUACAUGGAUCAGUGAAGUGGAGAUGUAUGCUGCUGUGGUGGUCAUAAAAGUCUCUUAA